ACCUCCUAAACCCGCCUAUUUACAAUUCAAAGGCCCAAUGGCGGAAGCUUUUAAAUUACUGACAAGUGAGAUGACCAAGAAAGGAUCUGAACAGUUCGUGAAACAUAAGAAAUUCGAACAAAGUUAUAAGGAGGCGGCUGAUGAGCUGAGAUCAGCGCCGAGCUUUGAAGCCAUCGAUUAUGAGAUUGCCAUGUCAAAAGAGAUAAAUGAUAAGCUGUCAAAAACUGUUGCAAAAGUUACGCCAAAAGAUAUGGUGGAACCUAUGAAAGAAAUCGUCGACAUUUGCUCGCCCUAUCUAGCACAAGUUGCAGAAUAUGCCAAGGAUAAGGGCAAAGCAUUCAACGAAUUAAUAAAAAAAAUGAAAGAACAACCGAACAAAACAGCAUAUGUAAAAGGAAAGGUUAAAAAAAAUAUGAGAGAUGCAGCUAAAGAUUUAAUUACAGCGAAAGGAUUUGAAACCGAUCACGAUGAUCCCAAUCUAGCGCAAACGAUCCACGAUAAUCUGACACAAAUAGCGUCGCCAAUUCCAACUGACCAGAAUACUGACAUGAACGAAACUUUAGAUCUCACAUCAAAGUGGUUGUCUCAAAAGGCUAUCGAUGAAAGUGAACGUGGACCAGCUUUCCAGAAAAUGAUCACACAUUUGAAAGAACAUGGUACCGAUGCGUUUACUCCUGAACAUCUAGGACUUGAAACGAAGAAUCAUGCAGCGCAUGUUCUUGAAGAAGCUCCAGGAUUAUCUUCUAUCAAGCCGGAUCCUGUUACUGUUCCGCAUUUUAAAGAAAAACUACACAAAGAAGUGGAGCUUGUUACGACUCCGAGUACGACUGGCGAAAUGGGAGAGGCCAUAGAACUUACAUCAAAUUACUUGUCAGGCUAUGCUCGUGAUAAAAAAGCGACGCAAACACAACUAAUACAGAUGAUGAAAAGCAAACCAAGUGCAUUACUAACGAAAAGAGAUGCACAUACCAUGAAUUAUGGCCAAGGAGCGGAUGAGAUAGAGAGUAAUCCAAAUCGAUUACCCAUAUUACCCAUGAAAGACGUAGCUAAAGAAAUGCAAUCUCAUUUAACUGAAGACACGGCAUCAAUUACGCCUCCAGAAUUAAAAGUUCCUAUGAAAGUGGCAAUAAAAGAGGCUGCGGAUGUUUUGUCGGAAAGUUUUGCUUUAAAGAGUGGCAUUGGUGGUGAAAAGUAUGCACAGGCAUACCAGGCAAAUAAGAAAAAGCUGACAGGGGUUGAUGAUGCAGAUGGGGCUUUGGUCGACGAAACUGGACGAUCGUAA